AUCACAUACAUUCCCAAACAGGUUUUGUUCAUCGGCCAAACACGGGAGCUUUCUUUCCUCACGCACGCAACAACCCACGAAAAUUACCAAAACGUACAAAUAAUUUAUGGUCAAACUAAAAAAAAUAUAUGUAUUUAAAAAAUCGAAACUCAAAUUGAAUCUACCACGAGAAGCGGAGAAAAAGUCAGUAACAAGCGAAAAAGCUCAGCGGCAGAAACCCGAGCCCUUUUUUCUUUUCUUUAUCUUCAGAACCCCAAAUUUAUCAAAGAUAGAAGCAAAAAUGGAUUGAAACACCCAAAUUCUCUCGAAGUUUGGGGAAAUUAUCACUAAAUUGUCGAAGAUUACAUUCUUACCGGUUUCAGACAGUUGAUUUUGCAGAUGGGUGGCAAUGGACGGAUCAGAUGGAACCCAUUUCACCACCGAUCAUCUUCUUCAGCAUCGUCUUCAGGGAGACAGCCAGAGCAGCGGAACCAGAACCAGAACCAGAACCUGCAGAUACCACCCAGAGAAUUCCUCUGUCCGAUUACUGGGUCGUUGAUGUCCGACCCAGUUGUUGUCUCUUCGGGUCAAACCUUCGAGCGGGUCUGUGUCCAAGUCUGCCUCAACCUUGGCUUUGUCCCCGAGCUGGACGAUGGCUCACAACCGGAUUUCUCCAACGUAAUCCCCAAUCUGAACAUGAAAUCCACCAUUGACGCUUGGUGCAAGCAAGUCGGCGUCGAUCCGCCGCGGCGGCCGGAGUAUUCAGCCAUCGAGGGGAUGUUGCGGCUGUGGAUGCCGAUGGAGCCCGAGAUUCGUGUCUCCGAGCAGGAGCUUCUCCGGGCGGUGGCAGAGCGACCUCCCGCGCCGGCGACGAUCCAUCACGCUGAUUCCGAGGUCAUGGAACGGCCAUGGCGGACGACGGCGGGAGAUUUCCAUUCCUCUGACUCGUCGGGCGAAUCUGUGAUCGUCGCUCAUAGUCCGUUCACUCCUCUGCCUCUCGCGACCCGACCCGCUUGCUUCUCUCCCUCACCGUCGUCAUCUUCAUCGGACAUGUUUGCUGAAAUCGAAACCCUAACGCAGCACAAUUUCUUCUCCUCUUCUUCUUCCUCUACGAAUUCAGCUCCAACGUCUUCUGAGGAGGAAGAGAUCUACAACAAGCUCAAGUGCCCUGACAUUUUCGAUCAGGAGCAAGGUCUGGUUAUGAUGAGGAAGAUGACCCGAACCAAACAGGAGACGAGGGUUUUGCUCUGUACUCCUCGGAUCCUCUCCUUUCUCAAGAGCAUGAUUGUUUCGAGGUACAGUCUCGUUCAGACAAACUCGAUGGCCUCGCUGGUGAAUUUGUCGCUGGAAAAGAAGAACAAGGUCACGAUCGUGCGAUCAGGGUUUAUUCCUCUGCUGAUCGAUGUCCUGAAAUCUGGAUCCAGAGAGGCUCAAGAACACUCCGCAGGAGCAAUUUUCAGUCUCGCACUCGACGAUGACAACAAGAUGCCGAUCGGAGUCCUCGGAGCGCUUCAGCCAUUGCUCCACGCGCUUCGCGCCGCCGAGAGCGACCGGACUCGCCACGACUCGGCUCUCGCUCUCUACCACCUCUCGCUGAACCAAACCAACCGAUCCAAACUCGUCCGACUCGGAGCCAUCCCGACUCUUCUCACCAUGGUACGAUCCGGCGAGUCAGCGAGUCGAGCUCUCCUCGUUAUCUGCAACUUGGCUUGCUGCAGCGAGGGCAGAUCCGCAAUGCUGGACGCGAACGCAGUCUCGAUUCUCGUCGGGAAACUCCGGGAGGAUUCACCUGCGUCUGCGUCGGCUCAUGAGAACUGCGUCGCGGCUUUGUUCGCGUUGAGCCACGAGAAUCUCCGGUUCAAGGGGCUUGCGAGGGAGGCGCGUGCGGUGGACGCGUUGAAGGAGAUAGAAGAGAGAGGGACGGAGAGAGCUAGAGAGAAGGCGAAGAAGAUUCUACAGGUGAUGAAAGAGAGAGUUCCAACCGAUGAAGACGACGACGGCGAGUCACUCGACUGGGACUCGAACGGGCUGACUCGGUCUCGGCUCCGAGUCGGCCGAAACGGAAGGUACUCUCAGAAUUCAUCCAAGUUCUAGAUAGAUGUUUUGGUUUUGUUCUUUUUUUUAAUUUGGGUGUAUAGAAAAAAUGUGAAUGUUUGCAAUGUAAACUUUUGGAUAAUCCAUUUUGUUUUCUGUGAAUGGCUAAAGAGUUAGGAAAUGAUUGUUCGAAAAUAUUUCAUAACAUUUUUCAAGUUUGCUAAGGAAACUGUGGAUUGUUUUUUGUGAUUAAAAUGUGGAUAUGAUGAA